UGUCCGCCAGUGUGGUGUGGCCGCCGUGCGCUCCGGGCAGGACGACGGCGCUCGCGUCUCUCGUCGGCAGAGGUGGCGGUUGGCCGAGUCACGUGCGCUGCGCCGGACCGCAGGUUCGAGUGUUGUCGACCACAACGCGAGAACUGCCGCUCGCUCGCUCGGCGUUCCGGAGAAGUUGGAGGCGGUGCAGACGUUUGAGGUUACCAAGCAUCUAAACUGGCAAACCUGGCCCCCUCUAUCCAAGCCCAGCUGUCGCCCGGCGCGUCGCUCUCCAAUCAGGAGGACUUUUAUAGCGACUACGACCAAUCGCCGGCCUCGACACAAGGCCUGAUGACCGGGAUGGAGAUGGCCGCCUCGCAGCAGCAGUUCCUGGCCAUGGGCGACGAGCCGUCACGGAAGAAGCGUAGAUGCCCCCCUCAGAGGGGUGGCAAGAGCACCAAUCACGCACUCACCGAGGACGGUCACGGCGGGGUGAACCAGCUGGGGGGCGUGUUCGUCAACGGCCGGCCGCUGCCGGACAUGGUGCGCCACAAGAUCGUCGAACUGGCUCACAACGGCGUGCGCGCCUGCGACAUCUCGCGCCAGCUGCGGGUCAGCCACGGCUGCGUCAGCAAGAUCCUCUCCAGGUACUUCGAGACGGGCAGCUUCAAGGCGGGGGUCAUCGGUGGCAGCAAGCCCAAGGUGGCCACGCCGCACGUGGUGGACGCCAUCGCCAAGUACAAGCGGGAGAACCCGACCAUGUUCGCCUGGGAGAUCCGCGACCGGCUGCUGGCCGAGAACGUUUGCAACCAGGAGAACGUGCCGUCGGUCUCCAGCAUUAACAGGAUCGUGCGCAACAAGGCGGCGGACAAGGUACGGGGCUGCCACGGCCCGAUGGGCGACGGGGGCGGCUCGCCGGCCGGCCAGGCCACCCCGGUCAUCACGCACGCGCCGCCGGCCGACUCCCGCGAUCCGCGGCCCAGCUACAGCAUCAGCGGCAUCCUCGGUCUGGCAGGACACGACCCCAACGGCAACAGCAUCGGCAAGCGGAAGCGGGACGACGACGAAGAGCAGAGGCGAAUGCUCGAUGACUACUAUCAAUCGCGCCAGGACGUUCGUGACCUGGCGUCGCCGGCCGAGGAGGAGAUGCGCCGCCAGCGGUCCCUGCAGCUGCCAUGGCCGAAGCCGUGGGUGAAGGACGAGGCCGCCAAGACAGGCUCGCUGUCCGACAUCGCCGGGUCCGGCAUCGGCUUCAGCUUCGGCGGCGAGCAGCCGACUUUCGGGGCCGCGCCAGGGUUGCCCUCGCCCCUGGAGGCGCCGUAUGACCUCGGCCUGCACCAGCCGCCGCAGGGCUACCCCCAGGGCCUGACCUCCGCGCUAGGAUGA